GGACGAAAGUGGCUCCAAAUCCAGCAGCGGCCCGUUGAAGCAAGUUCGAGGAUUGAAUAUGAAGCACAGGAGCAGAUAGUGCCAAGUAGCAAGCAGUAGUUGUUACACAUUUCUGGAAAAGCAGUGUCCGUGUUGUUUUGUACACCUCCAAAAACAGUUCAGAUCUGUAGGGGAAUUGUUGUGUAAAGUAAACUGAACCACAGGGUAGCAGUAUUUUAAUAGCUAUUGUAGACGUGUAUUCACUGUAUUAAAAUGAGUAAGAGAACAAGCAGUGACACCCCACUAGGAAGGGUGAGUGGGGCGGCCUUUCCUUCUCCCACUGCUGCUGAGAUGGCGGAAAUUAGUCGAAUUCAGUAUGAAAUGGAAUACACCGAAGGUAUCAGUCAGCGAAUGAGAGUCCCAGAAAAAUUAAAAGUAGCACCACCAAAUGCUGACCUGGAACAGGGAUUCCAAGAAGGAGCUCCAAAUGCUAGUGUAAUAAUGCAGGUUCCAGAGAGGAUUGUUGUUGCAGGAAAUAAUGAAGACAUUCCAUUUUCAAGACCAGCUGAUCUUGACCUUAUUCAGUCAACUCCCCUUAAGUCUCUGGCACUGAAAACCCCGCCUCGUGUACUUACACUGAGUGAAAGACCACUAGAUUUUCUGGAUUUAGAAAGACCUCUUCCAACCCCUCAAAAUGAAGAAAUCCGGGCCGUUGGCAGGCUGAAAAGAGAACGCUCUAUGAGUGAAAAUGCUGUUCGCCAGAAUGGACAACUGGUCAGAAAUGAUUCCAUGUGGCACAGAUCAGAUUCUGCCCCAAGAAAUAAAAUUUCAAGGUUCCAAGCACCGAUUUCUGCACCGGAGUACACUGUGACACCGUCGCCACAGCAGGCUCGAGUCUGUCCUCCCCCAGUGUUGCCUGAAGAUGGAGCUAGCCUCUCUUCCGCGCGCGGCAUUUUGUCGCUUAUCCAGGCCUCCACUCGUAGGGCUUACCAGCAGAUCUUGGAUGUGCUGGAUGAAAAUCGCAGACCCGUGUUGCGUGGUGGGUCUGCUGCCGCCACUUCUAAUCCUCAUCAUGACAACGUCAGGUAUGGCAUUUCAAAUAUAGAUGCAGCGAUUGAAGGAACUUCAGAUGACAUGACCGUUAUAGAUGCAGCUUCGUUAAGACGACAGAUAAUCAAACUCAACAGGCGUCUACAACUUCUGGAAGAGGAGAACAAAGAACGUGCCAGAAGGGAAAUGGUCAUGUACUCAAUCACUGUAGCAUUCUGGCUGCUUAAUAGCUGGCUCUGGUUUCGCCGCUAGAGGUAACCUCAGCUCUCAAAAAUAUUUGUCCCAACAGCUAGAAAUAUAAAGAAUUUGCAAACUUCUUUGUUUCUGUCUCUGCAUUGUAUGCCAUUUUAUAGUCCAUGCCCCAGAAACGUGUUUCUUCCCGAAAGGAGGGGACAGCCUGGGUUUGCAGAAGUAGAGGUAUAUCCUGUCACUCGGCCGUAGUCUCUGUAACCGGUGCUGCAAUGACACCUGCUUGAGACCUCCCUCCGCAUGUUUUGUCAAUAGACUCCAGUUUGGUUUUGAGAGGAGCUGAUUCUUUGCCUUGUCAGUCUGCACAACUGAUUUUCUCAGUGCGUGUGAGACCGCAUAGAGAAUGGAUUCAGAAAAGGAUCUGUAAAAGAAGAACUGUAUUCUGUUCUAUCUCUCACACACUGUUAGACUGAACAGUUUUCGUUACUAAACGUUUUUGUGCCCAUGGCUCAGCAUUAACACUCUGAGAUUAUGGUCUGGUGCCAGGUUUCAGAAGAUUAAGCCACCUAAUAUCUCAUGAUCAUAUUCAUUAAACACGUGUACAGAUUAAAUCAACACAAUUCCUAACAUUUGAGCAGUCUGUCUCAUACGUGUGCAAUGCGUGCGUUCUUUAUUUUCAUUUUAGUUUUUUUUGCAGAUGGUUUUCUAUAAAAUAUGUUUUUACUAAGCUCAUGUGUGAAUGAUUUUUAAAUUUACAGAAUAAGGUACAAACGUGUAGUGUAUUUAAUAAACUGUCAACGAAAG